AUGCAGUCUGUAGAAUUUCCCUUGAAACUCACGACUUCAUCCCGCAAGCUCAUUCCAUUAAUCAAGCAAAAACUACGUGAGAAAGUUCCUCUAUUAACGUCAAAUGAAAUAAAAAGAGUUAAGAAGCCGCUGCACGAAGCUCUGCUCGAUGAACUUGACGAAGAAACAUUUCCACAAGGUCACAGUUUCUUCGACGAAAUCAUUCAACAUGAUUUGAAAGGUUCGAAGCUUCUAACUUCAAACAAGGAACUUCUGGAAAGAAUCUUCAAAGAUUUGAAGUUUUGUGAGAAAGCUUUCAACAUUAAAAAAAUUCAAAUUUAUGUCAAACUUGCACGACACAUCCAAGAAGUAAACGAAAAACUUUCAUGGACAAUCGACAAGAUUUUCAGAUGUGCAGUGGAAUUCAUUCAAAUCCACCGACUUAAAGACUCUUCACUUGACAUCAUUUGCAAAUAUUUCUACGGAAAAUUCUUAAACAAAUCCCAAAAGUCCUAUGAAGAUGCUGUCAAAAAUCUAAGUGCAGCUCAUAAUGCCAUGAAAUUAGUUAAAAGUGUCGAAGAAUUCAAAGAUAUUCAAUUUAUGCUUACAGAUGAUUUAAAUUCAAAUUUGUUGAAAAAUUUUAUCAAACAUGAGCUCUUUGACGCCUUGAUUAACUUCGCCGAUGAUAUCAGACAAGAAAAUCCAAUGAAAGCAAUUGACUUGACUGGAAUUGCCUUAAAACUCAUCGAAUUUGACCGGAAAAACUUUAAAAUGGUCUUCAAAUAUCAUAUGACGAUGGGAAAAUGUUUUCUUAUCUUAAAAACUUUCGAACUUGCUGGAAAUCAUUUCGAGGAUGCAUUUGAAGUUGCAAUCAAACAAAAUUUUCAUGUUGAGGCUGUAGAGUCAUUGAUUAUGCUUUCCGAAUAUUAUGCAAGAUUAAAUGAUGAUGAAAAUUACGAAAAAACUUUAAAGAAAGCAAAAAAUUUGGCAAAAGAAUUUUCGUUGGAGAAGAUUGAAAGCGACAUUUGCAUGACUUUAGGAGAGUUUUGGAGUAACAAAAAGAAUUAUCAAAAGUCUGUGAAAUAUUUCAAUCGAUCAAUUGAGAUUUUCAAAAAGCAUGAUGACUUAAUUAAUGCCAGAAAGUGCCAAAUUAUGAUAGCAGCUCCACUUGCCGCACUUUCGUUUAACGACAUUGUGAAUUGCAUUCGAAAGUCUACCGAAGCAACCCCAGGCAAUAAUCGACAUUUAUCUCAUCUCAUUCUAUGGUAUGAUCGCAAAUAUUCAGUUGUCAAUCCAUACCAUGAUAGUUAUCAAGAUUCACCGGAUGACGUCGAAUGA